AACGUGUCAGGACGGGUUCUCCAGGAGACCAAUGGAAAACUCUCAUCACAUGAGAGAUUUAAAACGCCAGUUAGGACAAAGCAGCCGGCGUCCGAUGUUAACGGACAAGUUGGCCUGAUCAGGAGGGUUGAGGGACUGACUGCCUUGUGCCUCACAAAAGGAAACGACGUUGAUUUCCAUUGUUUUUUCUCUCCUCUCGGGUUUUGUAACAGUUGCUUUCUUAUGUCUUGGCGAGUUUAAGGGCAAAGGAAGGGUAAUCACUUUGGGGCUGAUAUAGUCUCUUUCAAAACACUUUGCAUGUACAUGCUUAUCCAAAGGACUCUCUGACUUUAAGAGACUUGAAGCUGGCCAGAUUCCUUCAUGACACUGCCAAAUUCUCAUAAGGAAGAAACAUUUUUGACAUUUUUCCGUUGGCAACUUAGUUGGCUUCUUUUUAACUGUGUUUUCAAUUACCCAAGGACAAGGAGCAUCCAUUUGUUCAGAGCAGCAGUAAUUUCCAUGUAUUGUUUUAUCUGUUUGUUUUGCAGUCCAGGUUUAAAAAGAAGACAAUUUCUCUAGUAUUAAGAAAGUGGGAAGGGGAUCUUUUCCUUUCUUUUCCACCACACUUGAUUUUUCUGUUACAGUGUGCCUUUAUAGAAUGCCUAUGUCACUAUCAGAUUCUGGAAUCUGAGACAUUUUUGUAUAAAACAACAAUAAAUGCAGUGUUCAAGUGAAAAUAUAAUAAUCUGAAUAGGCCAAGGAUGACUGGUUGGCCUAUAAUGUUUGCUCUUAUUGGAGUCCAACUAAGGGAAGCCAGCAUAAGUUGUACUGGAGCAGGAGAAGCUGGCUUAAAGUUCUGCUGCAUCCAGUUGCUGUUCAGGAGCCUCUGGGUUGGCUGAACGCCAGCUCAGCCAGGAGGAGCAUGCAGGGACCAGAAAGUAAAAGCCUGCUCUCCCAAAUACCUUUACCGGGGACCAGGUUUGGAGAUGGCUUGUAUGAUUCCUACAUGAGAAUAGAUCAGAUUAGAUAUUCAGAUCCUGCAAAUGAAGAAUGUGCUCCUUCUGGACUUCCUUCACUGGGGAGACCUAAUGUAAUUACUAACACCAUCGCCAUGAAGGAUCAUCCUUUGACAGGGAGCCAAGUCAAAGUUGAGCAGUUAUUUGAAGACUCUGGCAACAGAAGGAGUAGUACUCUCCAGUCUUCAGGAAUAAAUAGCUCUGAAAGGUCUUUUCCAACUCCAGCAAAAGAUAAAAGCAUUGAUAUCAUAAGUACCACCAAAAAUAGUGGCAGCUUGACAAAAGUGCAGAAAACCGGAAGUCAAUCUCCAGAACAAGCAUUGAAGCAAUACAAACAUCAGUUGUCGGCCUAUGAGCAGCAAGAAAUAUUGAACUUCUCUGAAAUUUAUUUUGUGGGUCCGAAUGCAAAGAAAAGACAAGGAGUCAUUGGUGGCUCAAACAAUGGUGGAUAUGAUGAUGAACAGGGCAGCUACAUUCACGUGCCUCAUGACCAUCUUGCCUACCGAUAUGAAGUACUUAAAAUAAUUGGGAAAGGCAGUUUUGGCCAAGUAGCUAAGGUUUAUGACCACAAACACCAUCAGCAUUUGGCCUUAAAGAUGGUACGUAAUGAAAAGAGGUUUCACCGGCAAGCCGCAGAAGAAAUACGGAUCUUGGAACAUCUCAAAAAGCAGGAUAAAACUGGUAGCAUGAAUGUUAUUCACAUGCUAGAGAGUUUUACCUUUAGGAAUCACAUAUGUAUGACUUUUGAACUCUUGAGCAUGAAUCUGUAUGAGCUGAUCAAAAGAAACAAGUUUCAAGGCUUCAGUGUUCAACUUGUACGAAAAUUUGCCCACUCUAUAUUGCAGUGUUUGGAGGCCCUUUAUAAAAACAAAAUAAUACAUUGUGACUUGAAACCUGAAAAUAUUCUUCUAAAGCAACAAGGGCGGAGUGGAAUCAAAGUGAUUGAUUUUGGAUCCAGCUGUUUUGAGCAUCAAAGGGUCUACACUUACAUACAGUCUCGGUUCUACCGAGCCCCAGAAGUCAUUCUGGGAAGCCGUUAUGGGAUGCCCAUAGACAUGUGGAGUUUUGGCUGUAUUCUUGUGGAACUGUUGACUGGUUACCCUCUCUUUCCUGGAGAGGAUGAAGGUGACCAGUUAGCUUGUAUGAUGGAGCUCCUUGGAAUGCCCCCACAGAAGCUGCUGGACCAAUCCAAGCGAGCCAAAAACUUCAUCAAUUCAAAAGGCCAUCCUCGCUAUUGCACUGUAACAACACAGGCAGAUGGGAAAAUGACUCUUAAUGGCAGCAGAUCACGCAGGGGUAAAAUGCGUGGUGCUCCAGGCAACAAAGACUGGGUCACAGCAUUAAAAGGCUGUGAUGACCCCGUGUUUAUAGAAUUCUUAAAAGAAUGUCUUAAUUGGGAUCCUUCCACACGGAUGACUCCUAGCCAAGCUUUAAAACAUCCUUGGAUUUGUAAACGAGCACCUAAGCCACCCAGCAUGGAUAAAACGUCAGGCAAACGGAUUGCUCAUUAUACAAGCUCUUUCCCAGGCAUAGGUUCCAGACUACCCCCAGUUGUUGGGGUAGCCAACAAAUUACGAGCUAAUCUAAUGUCUGACUCAAAUGCCAGUAUACCUCUAUGCACUGUGCUACCAAAAUUGGUCAGCUAAUAGAGAAUUACAUAUUCCCAGAGUACAUAUGCUGUGUUUUUAAUGAUCUCCUUGAAAUACAAAAGAUGACUAAAUGCAGAGGUCCGGAAAAAGUAAAGAAUUUUUAUUGAACACUAAAUCUUGUAUAAAAAAACCCUGAAUCAAAACAUAAGCAUUUUAAGGGCUAUGAUUGUUUUAUCAAGUUGUUUCAGCUGGAAUGUGGUGCUUGUUACAUCACUUUUGAUAAGUCUGCACAUUUGUUUUGUUCAAUGAAGUUACGCACUGUAACAGAUGGAUUUUAUAGCACUAUUGUAAUAAAACUCAAAAACCACUGCUCAUGCGGACAAUCUCACUUAGCAGAUGAUUUGCUGCAAACCACUUUGAAGAUAAACUAUGCAUUUUAUUAGUCACAAGUGAAUACAUCAUAAAAAAGCACAAGACUUUAAUAUCUAUCUUCUCUAUGGGUAAUUUCAAUGUAUUGAGUACCAGAUUAUGUUGAUUGGGAAGUCUUUUGUCCUUGCAGGAGCCCUCCUUCAAUUUGCUUGCAGUCUGUGGCAAUAAACACACACUUCUUAUGAGUGGGUGUUGAGCUGGGCCUAUGAAGAUUCUGGACUUUGGGCUAUAGGUAUAACACACUUGGUUCUCUUUCCUCAUCCAUCAUGCCAAAUUGACUGAAUCAAUCUUUACAAUUUAGCGUUAGUCUGUGGAGGUAGAAAUAUCUCCUGAAAGUUUACAUUUCCUUCUAGACUAAUAAUUACCAGAAGGGUGGCUGUGUUAGUGUCUUGCAGCAAAACCUCAAGAAUCUUAUGACAUCUUAAAGACUAAGCAAUUUAUUAUGGCAUAAUGUUUCAUGGAUUACAGUUUACUUCAUCUCAAAAAAUGCAUCUGAUGAAGUGGACACAAACGUUUAUGCCAUAAAAUCUUUAAGGGGCCACGAGACUCUUUAGUUCUUUUUUUCAGAGUAGGUUGCUUUUAAUUUUAGUGAAUUCCUUCAAGGACAAUCUGCAUUUUAAGCAAGUGAAGUCUCCGAGUCUCAACAUUAUAACCAGAGGUCAGGGCAAAGUUGCAAUGCCAAAAAUUAAUGUUAAAUGUGACAGUGGUUCACUACCCCUGAGUGAUUUACAUAAUCAGAAUUGGUGGUUCAGAAAUUUGGUAAAGUAAAAUGGUAUGAGAUAUUAACAGCAUCUGAUUACUGGAAAAUAAAUGUGGAAGAUGUGUAUUAUUGGUUAAGAUAUAUGCAAUUCUGCUUCUGGGUUUAUCCCUCCAAGCUUAUGUUAUUUGUAAGUCACACACCUGGUCUUUUGUCAGAUCUCACAACAAUUUUAAAUGUACUUGAGGCACAUUUUAUGGGCAGUCAAUUCAAGCUUAAUGGAUUACGCUAAACAAAAGAAGAGAAAAUUCCUAGUUAACCAGCCAAAGACGUUGUUAUGAACUUUGUCAGAUGUUGAUCAAUCAAUUAAGUCAACUGCUAUUUAAACUCUGGGUGGAAACCUGUAUUGCAUGAGCGGGCUUCCCCUCCUCCCCCCUACAGAUACCCAUACACCACCCAGAACCUUCUCUGUAGGGUUGGGGGACCCUCUGGGAGCGCAAGGAUCUGUAGAGGGAGGAGAGGGAAGUCUUUUUUACUCACCCACCAACAGUGUUGGAUUCAAUCCUGUUUUCUGCAUUUAAUCACAUCCAUUUGUUGUCCCAUUUGUGACACUAUUAAUAUUUAGUAGGAAAAGAGCCAAUCACUGAGAGACAAAUUUGUCCCAUCUUUUUAAACAAAUAUCACAUGCAGGGUACCAGAGCAAUAUUUUUCUGUUCUCCAAAUGCAUUACCUUACCUUAAAGUAAGAUUGGUUUUAUCUGUAGCUGUAAUGUGUAUUCCAAUUUGCAUUUGAAUUAAGUACGGUUUUUUAUACAUUCAUAGACUGGUGUAAACUUCAUAAACCCAUACCACAGUUGGCCCAUGUUCACUUAAAUUUUAGUGGGAUUUGCUUCUUUGGUAAUAGUCCUGAAGAAAAUGUGACAUCUUCAGACAUUUCUGCAUCUAGGUUUUAUGGUUGUCUCCAGCUAUUCAGUGUGUUCAAUACCUGUGAACCAUACUGCACCUAUACACAACCUGUACUGGAUACAAACCUGCCUUAUGUAUCAGGCAGCUGGGCUGUAAUAUGAUUCAGAUAGCUAUAUGAGAUUGUUGUUUGGUUUGGUUAAUUCUCAAACCUAAAAAUUUAACAGUAGUAAUGGUCACAGUCCUGAUAAAUUUAUUCUAAUUGUUGAAAUCCUCAAGAUGGCUGAUAGAUAAAAGACUGUUGUAGUAUCUGUCAAUCGUUCACAGCAGAGAUUGUGAGUGGAGAACAUAAUAAAGUGCAGAGGCUAUAAUAAUUUACUUGAAAUAAGAAAAAAGGAUAUCAAUAUUGCAGAUAAGGAAGCAACAGCCAGAGACAAAAACCAUUUUUCUACAGGACACUUCUCUUUGGCUUAUGGUUCAGUUACAUAUUCAUAGCUCACUAUCAUUAACUCCCAUUUUCUUUUGUUAUCCUUGCAUGAAGACUGGCAAACAAAUUUCUCUCAAAGAUAUCUAGAAGCUGUUUAGAUUUGGUAAAGUGGUAUCUGUCAAGGUAGUAUGAAAAGUUCCAGUGAUGCUAAUUCCUUUGUGUUUUUAUAUAAUUAAGUUACCAGGAGUGAAAUGCAGACCACUUUGGGAACUGGAACAAAUUCCCAAUGAAGCUCUUGCAUUAUCCUUUAGGCUUAAUAAUAGUAAAACAACAUCUUUUUAAAGAAUAACCUCUCUUUAGAAUAGCUAUUGUCUUCAAACAGUCUCUACAUUAAAGUGUGGGUCUUUUUAAAGAGACAUCCUCCGCCUGCAUUUUGACUGAAAUGGCACAUAGAUUAUCUCAGCAACAUCUCCACUAAUCCCAGGAGGACAAGCAAAAAGCUGAUUGUGCACCGAAAGCUUUGUGUUGAAAGAUUAGCUGCAAAGUUCACUUGCCUAGAAUUAAUAGUACUGUAGAUGCUAAAAGCUUAAAUAUGUCUUGAAUGAUUUGCUCUACUCAGGCAUAAAGUAUAUGCUUUACAUAAAAUAGUUGUGUGGUGUUUUGUUCCAAGAUAAGUUAACUUCUAGAGUUGCUUGGCUUCCGACCAUCUUCAUUAAUGAAGGACUUCAAGAACAAGUAACUGCUGCAUCAAGCAGGAGGAGGGACUUGAUGAGCCCAACUCAUGUUUUUAUGACUAAGAAUAUGUUGAGGAUUUUUAAUGAAGAUUAAUUUCUCCCUCCUAGCGUGUGUUAUACUGAAUAGGGCUGUAUGCCAGAAUUAAAACCACCACCACCACAUGGAUAGCCCUGAAUACCCUUUCAAAUGAGAUAACUCUGAUUUAUAAUCAACUUUUUAAUGUGUGGUCUGAUUUCUUUAAAUUUCAGAACUAGCCUGAGAGUAUUAAUAUUACUUCUCAGGAAAACAUUGGAAAGAUUUCUUCUAGCCACGUGAAGUAAUUACUGUCGGCAAGAACACCUAUUUAGGUUGGUACAUGAUUCCACUGAUGCUAGUCAUACUGUGUGCUCUUUCAACCUUCAUUAUAAAAUGAGAAGUAUCUUAAAUCCGUGGAAUAGUCAGAUGCUCAAAGAAGUCAUCGUCCAUCGUAUUUGGUUGUAAUUGUUUUUACUGCAAAGAGUCUAUUAUUUUAAUUAGAACUAUGUUAGAGGUUAAUUAGUAAACAUGCACUGCUAAAACAACAAUUUCAUGUUCCCUGUUCUUCUGUGCCUUAGUUUACUAUUCUGCAACCAUUUCCAUGCAAUACUAUUCAGGUUUCCAAUAUGUUCAAACCAUAAUUUAAAAUCUGGCUAGAAUACUUAC